UACAAGCUACUGGUUACCAGUGAAGUGAACCGCACAGCAGGGACAACAGGCAGACACGACAAUGCUUCGCAGUCAGAUGGUGUUCGCGCUGCUGGUGCUGGCGGCGGCCGCUAGAUGGCAGGAGGUGCUGUGCGGCGGGCACGCGCACUCUUACGUCCACCAAUCAGCGCCUGUCGUGGGCCCGGGGCAUCCCGUAGAGGUCGACCAUGGUCACGGCCAUGGACACGGACAUGGACACAGCGUCGACUACGUGGCGUACCCGAAAUACGAGUUCGAGUACGGGGUGUCCGACGGUCACACAGGGGACCACCACUCCCAGAAGGAGCACCGCGACGGAGACGUGGUGACGGGCGAGUACUCACUCAAGGAGGCGGACGGCAGCGUGCGCACCGUCAAGUACCACGCCGACAAGUCCGGCUUCCACCCCGUCGUGCACCACUCGCACCACGGUGGCAGCGCUGGAGCUGGAGGCUACGAAGGCGAUUAUGGGUACUGAAUACGACUCACCACAUCGAUUCGACAACUAGUUAAUGGCUGUGAGGACUGUACAAAGAUGCUCAUCACUUCACUAAUGACACAAAUCUGCAUGUUAAAAUGUUUAACAUUAGUUGUUUUCUUAUUUUUGAACAGUGAAUCGUUUUGUAUGCUUAAUAAAUUUGUCUGAUAUGUUAAAACAA